AUGUCAGCUUUACUACCUUCAAGUAUAUUGGGAGUAGCGACAACUGUCAUAUCAUCCCCAUCACCAACACCUGAAGAAUUGAGGAAAUCACUCUCACCAUCAGGAGGUGCACCUUUAUCUGGUGAUCCACAUUUAAUCCCAUCUAAAUAUAUCGUGAACACUGAAGGGAAAAGGGAUGAAGAAAUAGGCGCAACACCUUCACCAACUUCCAAUUCGAAUUCGAAUUCAAAUUCAAACUUCAAUCAAGAGCAAUAUCAUUCGACUGGUCAAUCAACUUCUUUAAAUCCUCAUCCAUCUCGUGUAUCCACAUCACCCAAUCUUCAUACUGAUAACAAUACCUUUCCACCUCCAAUACAUCUGACUAGAGCACCACCGUCAACAUUAUUAGAUGCACCCGCAAGAGCAGCGAUGAGUUUACCUAAUGGAACAACAGCUGCAGCUCAAGCUAGAGCAGUAAGAGGCGGAAGUGAGACUAGAACACCUGAGUAUGAGAUUGAUCAAGAUGGUUUAGGUCGUCACCAAAAACAAAAUGGUUUUUUCGAUAAUAGAUUCAUGAGUGAAGAAGAAAGUACACCUUUAUUAGCUCCCACACCUACUUAUCCAGGUCGAAACUCGAAUGGAGAUUAUCCUAAUAUAUCAAGAUCAUCUUCAACAGGAUCAAAUUCGUCAAACAGAGGUAUAUUACGUAGGAUAUUCAUUGAUAGAUCAACAACACCUUCACAACACUUGACUAGACCUACAUUCCCACCACCUUCUUUAUCAACUUAUUCACCUAUACCACCUAGACCAUUAACUUUCAUGUCAAAGAUCAAUCUAUUCAUCAAUCAAUCUAUAUCAAUAUUACUUUCAACUUAUUUCUUGAUUUUCGUGGUUUUAUGGGCUUUUUCAGCUGAGAUAGCAAAAGCUUUACCUAAAUGGGUCUGGCCGGAUAGACCAAGAAAAUUCCCUUGGGAUGAUGAAAGUUAUUGGAAGAAAGAAGGUAAAAAAGUUUCCAAAGAUCCUGCAGAUUAUGCGAAACAAGUUGGAAUGGAUAUAGAGCAUCAAACGGUUGAAACAGAUGAUGGUUAUUUCCUAAAGAUGCACCGCGUCAUUGAUCCGAAAGCGACUCCUCACUCUGAUGGUAGAGGUGGCUUCCCAGUAUUGAUUUUACACGGUCUAUUCCAAUCUUCAGGAUCAUUCGUGACGUCUGAAGAUCGCUCUUUGGCCUUUUGGUUGGCUAAGAAUGGUGGAUAUCAAGUGUACCUGGGUAAUACAAGGGGCGUUUUCGAUAUGGGUCAUAGAAGUUUUGGUAGAAAUGAUCCCAGAUUUUGGGAUUGGACGAUAAGGGAGUUGGCUAUGUACGACUUGCCCGCUUUAGUCGAUCACGUAUGUCGAGAGACCGGUUAUGAUAAGAUCGGGUUCAUUGGUCAUUCCCAAGGAAACGGUCUAGCUUUCAUUUCCCUUUCUUUAGGAAUGUGUCCAUCUCUGGGUGAAAAACUAUCGGUCUUCAUUGCUUUGGCCCCAGCUGUAUACGCCGGUCCCUUGACCCACGGUUUUCCAUUCACCGCACUGAACAAGAUGGAAUGGUCGAAAUGGAAAAGAUUUUUCGGUGUACUGGAUUUCAUACCUUUGAUGAGAUGGGCAUAUGACUAUGCUCCAGCUAGGUUGUUUGCGGCGCUGGGAUAUAUCAUGUUUGCUUUCUUGUUCGGUUGGACAGAUGCUAAUUGGUUACAUCGACGAAAGACGAAAAUGUUCCGAUUCACUCCAACACCCGUAUCUUCAGCUUCGAUCUUUUGGUGGUGCGGUAAAGGUGGCUUCGCAGAUAGAAAAUGUACUUUAGAUGAUUCGUUGGAUAAAUGGUUUGAUAAUCGUUUCCCGCCGUUAUCAAUAUACCAUGGUGGCAGAGAUCACCUGGUGCUGGCUGAACCUUUAUUGGAAAGAUUAGAAAAGAAAGAAAAAGACGUUAAAGUGAUCAAAGUCACUAAGCUGGAUAAGAGUGAACAUUGCGAUUUCUAUUGGGCUGCAGAAGCUGUCGAAUGGGCCUAUCUAUCUUUCAUGGACGACAUCGAAUCUACUAGACCUAAAUAUCCCGAUGAAGAGGAGUCUUCACGAGAGGAAGAAAGUACGGAGACCAACGUUGAUCCUAAUCACAAUGAGUACAAGUGA